AUUGAUGAUUUUUUGAUCAGGUAGAAAAAAGAGAAGGGAAUGAGGAACAGGAUGACAUAGAAAGUAACUUGCUGCUACCGGCGGGAGUCGCUCUGCGUAUGGCUACACUCAGUCUGAAAAUCUACCGUGGAGAAGACCUGCCACAGAUGGAUGAUGCGUUUGCCCAGACAGUAAAGAGCAUAUUUGGUGGAACAGAUGACAAGAAAAAUUUGGUGGAUCCUUUUCUAGAAGUCAGUUUUGCUGGCAAAAAGGUUUGCACGAAGAUUGUAGAGAAGAAUGCCAAUCCAGAGUGGAACCAGCUUAUUCACCUGCAGGUCAAGUUUCCAUCGAUGUGUGAACGCAUCAAGCUCACGUUAUUUGACUGGGAUCGGCUGUCAAGGAAUGAUGUUAUUGGGACCACCUUCCUGAAUCUGACCAAAAUAGCAUCAUCUGGGGGAGAAGGGGAAUUGACACCAGAGAAUGGUCUGCCUUCUUCCUUUAACG